AUUCUGACUCAUCUCUGGGACCUGCAAUGACAAGUCAGAACAGUAGCCAUGCAGACAAAACUGGUGAAAUGUCCUCAAAGCCGUCAGCGCCAAAAGUACAGGUCCAACGAUCUGUCUCCCGAGAAACCAUUACUAUUCGUUUCUCUGCAUUUGGGAAGGAGGAAGAAGAGGAGGAAGAGGAGUUUAAGGAGAUUCUUGAUGAGGAACUAGAUGACCAAAGCAUUGUAACAGCACUUGAAGCCAAGGAAGACCUCUGCUUUGAGCAUAGUGGCCAUGAUAUUUCUGGUCCAGCUACCUCGCUUAACGUGGCCAAUGCCACAUCACUGCUGUCCUCAUCACCUGUAGUUCUGCCAACUGCAGACGCUGUAAAGCCUUUGGAUUCUCCUUCCAUAUCCCAAGUAUUCAGUGCAGUGCCACUAGUCCUGUCUCCCUCAUCACAUUCAUGUCAUGUAGUUAGCUUAUCAGGCGCAUCAGCACCUGCGGAACAGAAAGCCAGCCUGUUGUCUUCCCCAUCCUCGUCCCCUUCCAGAUCAGUUGUCUGCUCUAGUGCAUCAUCCACAGUUUCCAGCUCAAAGCCUUUUAAGAGUUUAGUCAAGUCCCUCUCAACAGAUGUGGAACCAAAAGAGCCCACCCCACCGAUGAGACACAGACACUUAAUGAAAACCUUAGUGAAAUCUCUGUCUACAGACACUUCUAAACAAGAAUCUGAAGCUGUGUCUUACAGACCCCCAGACUCAAAACUGAACUUGCAUCUCUUCAAACAGUUCACUCAACCUCGAGCUACGGGUGGUGAUUCUAAAACUGCCCCUUCAUCCCCGUUAACAUCUCCUUCUGACACUCGUUCCUUUUUUAAAGUACCUGAGAUGGAGGCUAAAAUUGAAGAUACUAAAAGACGCCUUUCUGAAGUGAUCUAUGAGCCUUUUCAGCUGCUCAGUAAGAUAAUGGGUGACGAAAGUAGUAGCCACAGGCCCAAAGCCUUAUCUUCAAGUGCUUCAGAACUCUCAAACCUUUCCAGUUUGAAUGGCCAUUUGGAAAGCAAUAACAACUACAGCAUUAAGGAAGAAGAAUGUGAUUCUGAGGGGGACUACUGUGGAAGUGACUCUAACCUGAAUAAGAAUGAUCAGUCAAAAACAGCUGAGGAACAUGCAAAAGAGACUGAGACCAAAAGCUCUCAGCCUGCAAGCACAAAGGACAUGAAUAUGAAAACUUCACUAGUACUUGAAAAAUGUUCCUUGUCUGCACUAGCAAGCAAAGAGGAUGAGGAGUUUUGUGAACUUUAUUCUGAAGACUUUUGCUUGUUAGAGGAUGAAAGCAAAACUGAUAAACCUCCUGAAACUUUGCUUCAUCCGGAGAUGACCGAGGAAGAUGGUACUAUGCUCAGUAGUGAAGAAGAAAAUAAUCUAUAUGUGCAACAGCCUAAAAUACCAGUGAAAACUUUGUACUUCUUAACGCUGUUAGUCUAUGCUUAUUUUAUUAUCCCUCUCCCUGGCUACUUAAGUGGACUCUUAUUUGGAAUUGCCCUUGGAUUUAUGAUAGCUAUCUGUGUGAUUUGGCUUCUUACUCCAAGUACUCCUGAAUAUCUCAGAUUGCAUAAAAGUUUGAGAAAGCAAUGGAAUACAGGAGCUCUAGACAUCGAAGAACCUGAAAUACUGAAGGGAUGGAUGAAUGAAAUUUAUAAUUAUGAUCCAGAAACGUACCAUGCUACUUUGACUCACUCUGUCUAUGUGCGACUUGAAGGAAGCACCUUAAGACUUUCAAAACCCAAUAAAAAUAUUUCUAGAAGGGCUAUUUACAAUGAGCCAAAGCCGGAAGUCACAUAUGUCAGCCAGAAAAUUUAUGAACUUAUGGAGAGCAAGAUUUCCCUGGUUCCCAAGAGUCUGGCACGAAAACGAAUUUGGAAUAAGAAGUACCCUAUUUGCAUUGAACUUGCUAGACAGGAUGACUUCAUGGCUAAGGCCCAGACUGAUAAAGAGAAUGCAGAAGAAAAGUUAUCUGCAGAAAAAGUGGACUUGAACAAUGAAGAAUCCAAGAAAGUUCAGGAUGGGGCAAAGUACACUAGCCAGAAGGAUCAAGUGCUUUAUCUCUUUGGAAGGACAGGUAGGGAGAAGGAGGAAUGGUUCAGGAGGUUCCUUCUAGCAUCCAAGCUGAAGUCCGAAGCAAAGAAGCCGUCCAGUUUAUGUGGAAUUAAGCCAGGGAUCUUGCCAACGCAUAAUAGAACUGAUAGUCAAUCUGGAGCUCUUACACACAGCCGGAGCAGCAGCAAGGGAAGUGCAGAAGAAAUCACAUCCCAGCCUAAGCACAAGGAGCUGGCUGGCAACGUGCGACAGAAGAUGCUUCUUGACUACAAUGUUUAUAUGGCGAAGUGCAUUCCACAUGAAAAGAAAAGCCCUUCAAGUAGUCCAGUCCUCAGUGCAGAGAGCAGCCCUACAGCUAUGAAAAAGCUACCAGAUGCCCAUGUAGCAGCUGAAGAAGAAGAACAGGAGGCCUGGGUGAAUGCUUUCCUUGGAAGAAUAUUUUGGGAUUUUUUAGGAGAAAAGUAUUGGUCUGAUCUAGUGUCCAAGAAGAUCCAAAUGAAACUCAGUAAAAUAAAGCUGCCAUACUUCAUGAAUGAACUGACCCUGACUGAACUUGAUAUGGGGAUAGCAGUGCCGAAGAUCCUUCAAGCCUUCAAACCUUCUGUUGAUCACAAAGGACUUUGGAUUGAUUUGGAAAUGUCCUACAAUGGGUCUUUUCUAAUGACCUUGGAGACCAAAAUGAACUUGACCAAACUGGGUAAAGAGCCUCUUGGUGAAGCACUGAAAGUUGGAGAGAUUGGCAAAGAAGGUUUCAGGCCAAGGGUGUAUUGUCUUGCAGACAGUGAUGAGGAAUCCUCCAGCGCUGGGUCUUCAGAAGAGGAUGAUGCUCCUGAGUUGGCAGGAGAGAAGCAGCUGACUCCAGGAGCAGAAGGGUAUGUCGGAGGACAUCGGACAAGUAAGAUCAUGAGAAUUGUGGAUAAAAUUACGAAGUCGAAAUACUUUCAGAAAGCAACAGAGACUGAGUUUAUUAAGAAGAAAAUUGAAGAGGUCUCCAAUACCCCAUUGCUGCUAACAGUCGAAGUACAGGAGUGCAGAGGAACACUAGCAAUUAACAUUCCACCUCCACCUACUGACAGAGUAUGGUACGGCUUUCGAAAACCUCCCUACCUGGAGCUAAAAGCUCGGCCAAAGCUUGGCGAGAGAGAAGUGACUCUGGUUCAUGUAACUGACUGGAUAGAGAAGAAACUGGAACAAGAGUUUCAGAAAAUCUUUGUCAUGCCAAACAUGGAUGAUGUUUAUAUUCCUUUAAUGCACUCAGCCAUGGAUCCCCGCUCCUCUACAUGCCCUCCUAAAGAUCUGACCAUGGAGGCCCCUGAUCAACCAUGACAUGUGAAGACUCUUGCAGUUUACAGUAUUAUAAAAUUUAUUCUCAUGGUUUUAUAAACUGUGCUGUAGUUCUCAUCCUUAACUUGUGCCACCUUUUUUCUUCCACCCCCUCCCCCCAAGCCCCGGACUGCCUAUAACCAUACCUUUGUGCUCACUUGCCUGGUUAUUGUUCCUGUGUACUUCAGGUAGAUGAAGUUUCAUUCCAUUUAGCAGUUGAUUUAUUUUGCUGCUGUCAGGAUUUUAACUUGGAGGCUAAAAUGACCUAUUCUUCAGUUGGUGGAGGGGGGUGGGGGGGAAGGAAAAAUCUAACUGUAAUAGAUCAAGGAGCUUGAUGACACAAACUUUGUUCAGCUCAUGUUUUCAUACCUUGUUAAUGUGCAUUAUAGCCUUGAAAGGUUGUUUGGCAGCAAAGGAACUGCAUGCCAAAUGGAAAAAAUCCUAAGUAAGGAAUGAAUUUAUAAAACUGGAAGAAUAUUUUUUUCUUUCUCAGGCAGUUGGAGGUGUAGAAUGAACUGUUUUAUGUUCUUUCACUUCUGCAGUCAAUAGCUUGUGUCAAGCGAUCGAAAUAUGAAAUGCUUUCAGGAGAAAAGAAUGUAAAUUGGAUGUAUAGGUAAUAUUGUGAUUCAAUGUGGUAUAUACAUAUUACUUUUUUCAUAUGGAACUUGUGCUUUUUUUGGGAAGCAAGUAGCCAUAAAACAUACACACAACUAUCAGUGAAGGUGGGAACUGUCAGAAUCUUUGACUGAGGAGACAAAAGUUGGUAAAGCCAUGAGACCAAACUAUAAUAAGCCGCCUUAUAGUGAGGUACAAUCACCAUGGUUCAUGAUUAAUUCUGAAUGUUUAAAGACAUGAGCACACACAAAAUGUCUAAUACUGCACAUGACCAGAAGUACUUAGUUACCCUACUGUGUAUAGAGCCUCUUGCUACAAGGAAACACAACAAGUUUUUUUUUUUUU